AUGUCAACAGUGAACACAGAUGCCACGGAUAAAGGCAUGUCCAGGUUUAAAAUCGUCUUCACCCUGGCGGUCUCCGGAAUAGAGUGCAUCACUGGCAUUGCCGGGAACAGCUUCAUCACGGCCAUCCAUGGGGCCGAGUGGGUCAGACGCAGAAGGCUUCCUGUUGGUGACUGCAUUCUGUUGAUGCUGAGCUUUUCCAGGCUCUUGCUACAGAUCUGGAUGAUGCUGGAGAAUACUUACAGUCUACUAUUCAGGGUCACUUAUAACCAAAAUGCAGUGUAUAUACCUUUCAAAGUCAUCAUCAUGUUUCUCAACUAUUCCAACCUCUGGCUCGCCACCUGGCUUAACGUCUUCUAUUGUCUUAGAAUUGCAAACUUCACUCACCCUUUGUUCUCCCAGAUGAGGAGGAAGGUCAUGGUGCUGAUGCCUUGGCUCCUGCGGCUCUCGCUGUUCCUCUCCCUGUGCUUCAGCUUCCCCUUCUCCGUAGACAUCUUCAAUGUGUAUGUGAACAGCUCCGUUCCAGUCCCCUCGUCCAACUCCACUGAGAAGAAGUACUUCUCUGAGACCAACGUGGCCAACCUGGCUCUUCUCUACAACGUGGGGGUCUUCAUUCCUCUGACCGUGUUCAUCGUGGCGGCCACCCUGCUGAUCAUCUCUCUCAGGAGACACAUGCUACACAUGGAGAGCAAGGCCACCGGCUCCGGGGACCCCAGCAUGGAAGCUCACAUGGGCGCCAUCAGAGCCAUCAGCUACUUUCUCAUUCUCUACGUCUUCAACGCGGUUGCUCUGUUUCUGUCCAUGUCCAACGUCUUUGACACCAACAGUUCCUGGAAUAUUUUGUGCAAAAUCAUCAUGGCUGCCUACCCUGCUGGCCACUCAGUGCUACUGAUCUUGGGCAAUCCUGGCCUGAGAAGGGCCUGGAAGCGGCUCCAGUGCCGAGUGCCUCUUUACCUGUGA